AUGAACUCUCAGUCUGUCAGCUUUGAAGGAGUAAUAUGUCAACUGGAUAUUAUCCCCUCUGCACAAGCCUCUGCAAACUAUUGUAAAUAUGUAAAACAGCAAUGUCGCCAAGCUGAAACAUACCGAUCUCUGCCAGCACCUCCCGACACAUCAGCUGGGGUGUCUGUAAACUUUCCAAGCAAACAGUUUGGUGACAACACCCAAUCUGAACAUAAAUCAUUUUACACACAGAAAGAAGCAUUAAACCUUCCUAUUAACAACACUGCACCAGUCCAUUCCCUACCUGAAUCCUUAGCGUUAAGAACUGUUACUCCAUCGGAGCUUGCAAAAUCUGAACCUCAGUCCACAACAAUUAGACCUGAAGCAAGUGUCCAGGAAAACUUCAGUCUGUCAAUUCAUCAACAGGGCUUGAUCAAAAAGAGGAAUGGCACCAAAAAAACCCUGGGAUCACCUCAAAAUAGUUCAGAUAAUGCCACAGAAGAUGCAGGCGGAAAAAGUGAGCUCCCCCUCAUUUCUCCUGUAAAACAGAGUAAGAUCAAAGAUGCAAAAACACAGGUAAAGGCCAAGCAGCAUUCAGAUGAACCCCUGGAAAUGCAACAAAUCUUAAAUACCACACUAUACAGGGCUACCGUAGACCUGUCUUUGGAUAAUCAGCUCAAUCCAUGGGAGGAAGGUGCAUUUGAUGCUGAUGAGACUUAUGAUGCAGAAAACGGUUAUGAAUUUGAUGUUGAAAAAUACAAGAGGGCCAAAAGGGGAAACCGGACCCCAGGUCCCCCAGGUCCUCCAGGUUUACCUGGUCUGUCGGGGAAGAGAGGUCCAAGGGGUAUUCCAGGCCCACAUGGGAAUCCAGGUUUGCCAGGGCUGCCUGGUCAAAAGGGCCCUAAAGGAGAUCCAGGUUUCUCCCCAGGACAAGCAAAACGUGGAGAAAAGGGUGACCCAGGUCCAAGAGGCUUACUAGGCCCUCCUGGUAUCAAAGGUCAGAAGGGUCCCAAAGGCUAUCCAGGGCCACCAGGUCCACGAGGCGAGCAAGGAAUUCCGGGAAUGGCUGGCAAUGCUGGUUCACUUGGUUACCCUGGCAGGCAGGGGUUAGCUGGACCAGAAGGUAACCCAGGUCCUAAAGGUGUAAGAGGUUUCAUUGGACCUCCAGGGGUGGCAGGACAGCCAGGACCUGAAGGAGAAAGAGGCAUUCCAGGACUGCAAGGAAAAAGGGGUCUUAAGGGGAGACUGGGUUUUCCAGGUGACUUUGGAAACAGAGGCCCCCCUGGUGCAGAUGGGAAUCCUGGAGUUGUUGGUGGUGUUGGGCCUCCUGGAUUUCCUGGGCUGAGAGGUGUUGUUGGGCCUGUGGGACCGAGUGGACCUUCUGGAAUUCCUGGGCCUCUGGGUCUUCCAGGGAGUCUGGGGCAGCCUGGAAUGAAAGGUGAUAAGGGUGAACAAGGCAUUGCAGGAGAGCCGGGAGAGCUGGGCUAUCCAGGAGACAAGGGUUCUGUUGGUUUGCCAGGACCAGCAGGAAUCAGAGGAAAGCCAGGGCCUCCUGGAAAAAUCGGAGAUCCGGGACCCCAGGGACCAUCUGGUCCUCCUGGGCCUGAGGGUUUUCCAGGAGAUAUUGGUGUACCUGGACUAAAUGGCCCUGAAGGUCCAAAGGGACUUCUAGGUGACCGAGGGCCUCCGGGGGCCCCAGGCCCGAAAGGAAUCGAGGGAGAAGAAGGACCAAUUGGACCUAUUGGAGGAGUUGGACCAAGAGGAAGGCCAGGUCGGAAAGGGUAUGCCGGUGAACCUGGAUCAGAAGGCUUGAAGGGAGAACCAGGAGAUCAAGGAAACCUUGGAAAAACUGGUGAAGCAGGACCCAUUGGUUUACCUGGAGAAAUUGGACCAGCUGGAAUACCUGGUGAAAAGGGAGAGCGGGGCAGUCCAGGACCAGUGGGCCCUCCUGGGGAGAAAGGUGUCAUGGGCUAUGCAGGACCUCCAGGGGGCUUUGGGCCUUUAGGGCCACAAGGAUUGCCUGGUCCUUCAGGGGCAAGAGGACCUCCAGGACCACAGGGAGCUAAAGGACGAAGAGGGCCAAGAGGUCUAGAUGGUCCUCCAGGAGAACAAGGGACACAAGGUAUUAAGGGAGAAAGAGGUGAUCCAGGGAAAAAAGGUGUUCAUGGACUUAUUGGCAAGGCUGGAAACCCUGGAGAAAGGGGUGAUUCAGGAGUGCCAGGCUUGCCCGGACCUCCUGGAAACAUGGGUGACAGAGGCCCUGUGGGAGAGCCAGGCCCAAGAGGACAAAAAGGUGAUGCUGGCCCUGCAGGAGAAAUGGGUUUUGAGGGACCUCCUGGCCCUGAGGGAGAGCCUGGUCUGCAAGGAGAACCAGGUGCAAAGGGAGACAUCGGACCUGCUGGCAGUGCUGGAGAAACAGGAGAACAAGGUUUAAGGGGUGAACCAGGAUCCCCAGGAGAAGAUGGUGUACAAGGGAAAGAUGGCUCAAAGGGGAUCCCUGGAGACCAAGGGCUUCCAGGAGAGGAUGGUGAAAAAGGAGAAACCGGAAUUCCAGGAAUUACAGGCCCCACUGGUGAACCUGGCAUAAUGGGUAUUCCAGGACCUGAAGGAACACCAGGAAAUCCAGGUCAAAGGGGUCGUCCAGGAAGAAAGGGGGGAAAGGGGCAGCUAGGACCUCCAGGAGAGAUUGGAGCCACGGGUGAUGCUGGCCAACCUGGAAAAUUUGGUCCUAAAGGCGCAAGAGGAACUAGAGGUCCAUUGGGACAUUUAGGAGUAAUGGGACCUGAAGGAGAGCCAGGAAUUCCAGGUUACAUGGGUCAUCAGGGACAGCCAGGAUCACCUGGUCCUCCAGGACCCAAAGGAGAGAAGGGUUACCCAGGCGAAGACAACACAGUACUGGGACCACCUGGGCCCAUAGGUGAACCAGGUCCUAGUGGUGAACGUGGAGAUAGAGGAGAACCUGGUGAUGAGGGAUUCAAGGGUCACACAGGGCUUCCAGGUCUAAGAGGAGCAAUUGGACAACAAGGGCCUCCAGGUGAACCAGGUGAAUUGGGGGAGCAAGGACCAAAGGGAGAGAGAGGAUCAGAAGGUCCCACUGGAAAAAGAGGAAUGACUGGUCAAGCUGGGAAACCUGGAAUUCCUGGAAAACCAGGCCCACGAGGGCAGAAAGGUGCUUCUGGAUAUCCUGGACCAGAGGGCAUUCCUGGGAAUCCUGGAAAGCCUGGGUUACCUGGGAAUGCUGGCUUUCCUGGUAAUAAAGGGAGCCCAGGAAUAGCAGGGCUGGCAGGGUAUCCUGGAACUCGGGGAGCAAAGGGAUUGCCGGGCGUGCCAGGUAUCAGUGGAGAACCAGGACUAAAGGGUGAGCAAGGGCUUCAGGGUCAUCCAGGAAAACAAGGUAAAAGAGGCCUUCCUGGGGUACAAGGUGAUCAAGGCCCACCAGGAGAUCCUGGAUUGAAAGGGAAAACUGGAGAACUUGGAGAUCAAGGUUUGAUGGGGUUUCAAGGAUUCCCAGGUCCAAAAGGUCCUGAUGGGGACAUUGGUUUAGUUGGAAUUCUGGGUCCUAAAGGACCUGUAGGCCAAAUUGGAUACACUGGCCCCAUUGGUCAAGAAGGCAUAAUAGGCCCAACAGGCAAACCUGGAUCCAGGGGUGAAAAAGGCUCCAGGGGUGAAAUUGGCCCUCAGGGACCACGGGGUCAUCCAGGUCCACCAGGUCCACCUGGGGUACCUGGUCCAAGAAAACAAAUGGACAUCAAUGCUGCUAUUCAAGCCUUGAUUGAAUCAAAUGGUGCACUACAAAUGGAGAGCUACCAGAAUACUGAAGUAACUUUACUAGAUCACAGUGCAGAGAUAUUCAAAACGCUACACUAUCUUAGCAAUUUACUGCACAGUAUCAAGAACCCCCUCGGCACUCGGGAUAACCCAGCACGCAUCUGCAGGGAUUUGCUUAACUGUGAACGUAAAGUAUCAGAUGGAAAAUACUGGAUUGACCCAAAUAUUGGAUGUCCUUCUGAUGCCAUUGAGGUUUUCUGCAACUUUACUGCUGGUGGCCAGACAUGUCUAUCACCCGUAUCUGUGACAAAGUUGGAGUUUGGAGUUGGAAAAGUGCAGAUGAACUUUCUUCAUUUACUGAGCUCAGAAGCAACCCAUACCAUCACAGUUCACUGUCUGAACACCCCAGUGUGGGGAACAAAUGAGGCAGAUGCUCAGAAAACAUCUGUUCACUUCAAAGGCUGGAAUGGUCAAAUGUUUGAAGCAAAUACACUACUUGAACCAAAGGUGCUUACAGAUGAAUGCAUGAUCCAAGAUGGCAGCUGGCAUAAGACAGAGUUCCUUUUUCACACUCAGGACACUACUGACCUUCCGGUUGUUCAAGUGCAUACGCUUCCUCAUCUCAAACCAGGACAACAGCAUAACAUAGAAAGUGGUUCAGUGUGCUUUCUCUAAGCUUCCUGACCUGAUUCUGGUGUCUCACAACACCAUGGAACUGUUGCACGGAAAAAGCAUCUUUUUAAAACAAAAAUGAAUUAAAGAUUAAAUCAUUAUGAAACUGUGGAAGAAUUUUAAAGCAAAUUGUUGGUUAUAUCUUAAAGAAUCUCAGGAAGAAAAAGACUUCCUCCUAAGAAGGAGAAAUGGCAUUUAAAAAAAAAAAAAGACUAUGACGACAUUGCUAAAGUAUUUAAUUUUUUUAAAUAUUGGUUGGUGCUUUCUUGUAUAUUUCCCUGGAACUGAGAACUAUAUAUCUAAACAUAAAAUUCUUCAGGACCGCUAGUAUUCUUAAUAACCUAUUUAACAACACUGUACAGGACAUCCUAAGGAAAGCUGGAGACAUACAGUAGUAAGGAGCAAUACUGGCUAAUGCUCCCAAAUGUGCAAUAGCUUGUGUAUGAGAGUGAAUUAUGCCACAAUACAAGAAGUUGUCUUUUCUUAAACACUAAGUUGUAUUAUAGUCCUUUUGGACACAUACAUCUUAACAGAUGGUACACUACCUCUUACGUGUUUCCUGUUUGUAUUUCUGGUGCUCUUUAUAACACAAGGUGCUUGUGGCUUUAGUAAAGAUUAUUUGAUUCCCUUUUUCUCUUGCAGACUGUAUGUGCUGGUUACAUCAAGAUAUGUUUCUGUUGUAAAAGUACUUAUCUUAAAUUGUUUGGUCACAUACUUCAUUACAAGUAAAAACAUUAUUUAUGUGAAAUUUUUGAUUAAAAUGUUUGUUUAUUCUUGUGGAAGUGGUAUACCAGACAGCACAUUGUAUAUGGUGCUUAUAGGCAGGACAACUAAUUGUUAGCCAUUGUAAAGAUUGUUGUAGAAGAGCUACAUACAAUAGUUUUGGGGUUUAGUUUCUGGACUGCAGUUAACUAUUUUAAACACCCAAUAGCAUCUAAGAUGAUGUAUUGUGUAUAUAUUUUGUAACUUGUUGAAAAUUUUAAUACAGCAUAUGUUUUGAAUGGCUGCUAAGUUAUAAUCAUAAUUAUUUCAGCAACUUAGAAAUUCCAUUUCUUUGCAAUAUUACUAGACACUGUUUCACUUAUUUUAUUGAGUCUAAAAGUAUUUGACCCUCAGUUGUUGAACAAAAUACACUUUUAUCAUUAAGACAAAACAUUUACUCUAAAAGAUUUUGCAAACUGCUUGCCUAUAUCUGUUGUCAAAGCAGUGUUUGUACAGUAAUACAGAGCAAGAUUAUACCUCAUAUUUGGGGGGAGGGAGAGUGUUCAAACAGCAAUUCAUUUAAAUCAUCUUUAUCCAUAGUAAGUCAUGCUUACUCAUCUAUAAUAAAAUGUGCUUCUAAAAUAA